CAAAACGGCGGGACGAAGCAACAUGAGGCGCGCCCGAGACGGGUAUAACUAUCAACCAGUUCCAAGAGUGGCCACAGAAGAUGCCCUGGAAUACGAAAAUGAACGUAUGGCGGAAGAGCUGAGUGGAAAGAUAUCUUCUCUAAAAGAUAUAUCUAUUGAGCUGGGCAAUGAAGUGCGGUAUCAAGAGAAACUGCUGCGUGGACUUGAUGAUGAUGUGGACAGGAGUUCAGGCUUCCUUGGCAAAACAAUGGGCCGUGUUCUGAGACUGGGCAAAGGAAAUCACAAUUAUUACAUAUUUUAUUUAUUUCUAUUUGCAAUUUUCGUAUUCUUUUUGCUUUACAUUGUACUUAAAUUUAGGUGAUGUGAUAAUAUAUUUGUACUAUUCAUAAACUAUUCAUUCCUGUGUAUUUAUGUGAAACAUUCUUCCCUUGUAAAUAAAGAUCUUUAUCCUAUAGAUUAUUUGUAUAA